UACAGAAGGGGUAUGCAUUCCAGCUUUUCUUGUGAAACACCAAGGACCCCUCAGAAGCAAUCAUCCUCAUGAAUGCAGAAACUUUGCUCUUUAGGUGGUGUGGAGGUUAAGGUGGUGGGUUCCCACAAAGCUGAAUCUUCACUUCAAGUACUGGACCCAGAACUUCAAAAUCACACGGGACAGAAGCUGACACGCGUUCAAGCAAAAUCAUGACUUCUGAGCGCACGAGCAAAAGCAACUUGAAUACAUUGGUGCAAAAGCUUCAUGACUUCUUGGCACACUCAUUAGAGGAAUCUGAAGAAACAAGUUCACCUCCACGACUUGCGAUGAACCAUAGCACAGAUAAAAUAAGUGGCUUUGGAUGUAAUUCUGCUGUGAUGAAAAACAGCAAGGAAGAGGGAGCUAUCUCUUCAGAAAAAUCCAAAUCUUUGGGAUCAUCGCGAUUGAAGAGGAAACCUUCCGUUGUAACAAAGUAUGUAGAAUCUGAUGAUGAAAAACUUUUGGGUGGAACUGUAAGUGAAGAUGCUUCUAAUGAAAAUUCAGAAAAUGUUAUUACUAUGCAAAGUUUGCCAAAAGGUACAGUGAUUGUACAACCAGAGCCAGUACUGAAUGAAGGAAAAGAUGAUUUUAAAGGGCCUGAAUUUAGAAGCAGAAGUAAAAUGAAAACUGAAAAUCUCAAACAUAGAGUAGAUGGGCUUCAGGGGAUUAUGAGCUGCACAGCUUGUGGACAACAAGUCAAUCAUUUCAAAAAAAAUUCCAUUUAUAGACACCCUUCACUGCAAGUUCUUAUUUGUAAGAAUUGCUUUAAGUAUUACAUGAGUGAUAAUAUUAGCCGUGACUCACAUGGAAUGGAUGAACAAUGUAGGUGGUGUGCAGAAGGUGGAAAUUUGAUUUGUUGCGACUUUUGCCAUAAUGCCUUCUGCAAAAAGUGCAUUUUGCGCAACCUUGGUCGAAAGGAGUUGUCUACAAUAAUGGAUGAAAACAGCCGGUGGUACUGCUACAUUUGUCACCCGGCACCUUUGCUGGACUUGGUCUCUGCAUGUAACAGUGUGUUUGAGAAUUUAGAACAGUUGUUAAAACAAAAUAAGAAGAAGGUAAAAGUCAACAAUGAGCAGAGUAAUAAAGUGUAUGACCAUAUUCCCAGAUUUUCUCCAAAGAAUUGUUCAAAUUGCAAUGGAGAAGAGAAGAAAUUAGAUGUUUCGUGUUCUGAUUCUGUAACCUACUCUUACUCAGCACUAUCUGUGCCCAAAGAAAUGAUAAAGAAAGUAAAAAAACUAAUUGAGACCACAGCCAGCAUGAACUCCAAUUAUGUUAAAUUUUUGAAGCAGGCAACAGAAAAUUCCGAAAUUAGUUCUGCUACAAAGUUGCAUCAGCUUAAGGCUUUUAAAUCUGUGUUGGCUGAUAUAAAGAAGGCUCAUCUUGCCUUAGAAGAACAUUUGAAUUCAGAGAUUCAAGCUUUGAAUGCUGUAAACAAAGAGAAAAAUACCCAAGAGCACAAAGUCAUAGAUAGUAAGUCUGAAACAAAAAUACGAAAAGGAGGAAAACUUCAUGCUUUGGAAAGGAAAAGUAUUUCAAAAUCAAAAGGUAAACUGACAAGAAAACAGGUAAAUAGUAAGCAUAUGGAUCAGAGUGUUCCAGUAGAGGAGCAAAGAUCAAAUAAAAAUACUAGUGGUAAACAUAGGAAAUCUGACAGAAAAGAACCUCAGUGUGAACCUGCAAACACUUCUGAAGACUUAGAUAUGGAUAUUGUGUCUGUUCCUUCAGUUCCAGAAAACAUUUUUGAUAAUCUAGAGAAUGCUAUGGAAGUUCAGUGUUCAGCUGAUUAUCAAGGGGAUGGCAACUAUGGGACUAACCAAGAGCUAGAAAGUUCAUCUGUAAAAUCAAAUAAUCCUUCAAAAGCCAACAGAGGAGGUAUUAAAUCAAAAAACACAGCUAAAGUGACAAAAGAAUUAUAUGUUAAACUCACUCCUGUUUCCCUUUCUAGUUCCCCAGUUAAAGGUGCUGAUUGUCAGAAAUCUCUACAAGAUGGCUAUAAAAGUUCUAAUCUGAAAGCCAAGUCAGAGAAAUGUGGGCCUAGACAUGAAUACAGUAAUAAUGGGCAUUUAGUUGAAAAUGAAGUUUCAUUUGUUUUAGAAGAGUCUGAUCUUCAAAGAUCUCCAAGUGUAAAGAUUACACCCUUGAGGCAAGGGACCAAAACCAACCUCAUAGCAUCUAAUUCACAUGAAAGUCAUAAAACAGUUAAGGAGAAACUAAAAACAGUGAGAAAAAAAGACAAGCAGAAUUAUUCUGACAGUGCUGUAAAUAAUCCAAAACCUAAUAAAUUGCCUAAAUCUAAGCAAUCGAAGAUUAUGAAUCAAAAUUCAGGUUCUAAUGACAUGCUAGCAAUCCUUAGAGAGGUAAACAGGAUGAGCCACAGUUCUUCAGAUAUUGAUAUUAAUGACACUAAUACAAAUCAUAAGAAUUUGUAUGAUUUAAAGACUCAAACAAGGAAAAGUGAUAAAGGAAAAAGGAAACGAGAAAGUUCAACUUCUGGUUCGGAUUUUGAUGUUAAAAAAGGCAAGUCAGCUAAAUGCUCUGUAAUUUCAAAAAGGAAAUGACAAAAAUGCAUUGCAAAUAUAGUUAUGACUCAAAAUUAGAAAAAGUGAUACAGAGCAUGAAUAAAACAAUCUAUCAUAACAGCCUGAACAUGAAAAACAGCAGAAAAGGGAUGAAUAAUCAAGGGUAGGAAACUUUGAAGAUUGCACAGGAAGGAUCAUUUGAUGAUGCGGAAAGGAAACCAGAGAGAAUUUCUCUUCAGCAGAAAGCACAGUUGAUAAAGAUAAGACCAUCAUGGAAUUCUGAUGAAUUGUGUAGGAGGCAGCAACCAGGUGUUUCCUCUGAUGAUAAUAAUAAGCCGCCUUCUGGGAAAGUGGAGAAUUUUAGUUUUCCAGAGGACAAAAUGAUUGCCAAAACUAAAGAAAAGAGUAAGCAUCUGAAAACUAAAAUGUGUAGAAAAGUACAGAGUGGCUUAUCUGAUUUUGCUGAGAAGUUUACAAAGAAAGAAGAGAGUGAUGAAUCCUCUGAAGAGGAUUAAAAGCAGAGCAUAAAGGGAACUGAGAAAAAAGGAAAGAAAACUACAAACUUGAAGGAAAAAAUAAGAUGGGACAACAGUAUGAAUCAUCUCCUGAUGGCACUGAGAAAUCUGAGGAUGAAGAAGCUUCUCAUUUUCCUAAGGGCAUGAAGCAAAAUAAAAAUGACAAAACAGAUGGAGAAAAGAAAAGUAAUAUGUGUGUGUGUGUGUGUGUGUGUGUGUAUAAAGAAGAAUGAAUUAUGAAUUAUCUGGUAAUACCAGGAAGAGGAGAUAGUUGUGAGUCUUCCAAAGAUUUAAAAAAAAAAAAAAAAAAAAAA